AGAGUAUUCCAAUUGCACUGAUGGGGAAAUUAAACUCUUUGGUGGAAAAACUGAAUAUGAAGGAACAGUUGAAAUAUGCAUCAAUAAUGCAUGGGGAACAGUAGUAUAUUACCGUACUUAUUAUUCUCAAUCAUAUAUUUUUGCUCAAACUGUUUGCAAUGCAAUAGGAUACACUGCACCAGGUGCAGUCUAUUAUAGCUCAGCACGUUUUGGCAAAGGAAAUGGCCCAAUACUAUUGACUGUUUAUUGUAAUUCCAUAAAAAAUUCUCUUCUUGAUUGUAAUGCAAUAGAUUACAUGGCAACUUUUCAUCACCAAUAUGAUGCUGGUGUUAGGUGUCAGCCAUUUUGUAAAACUGGUGAUGUGAGGAUUGUAGGCACUACUGAUCCAUUGGUAGGAAGAGUUGAAGUAUGUGUUGAUGAAACCUGGGGCACUGUUUGUGAUGAUUAUUGGCAUAAUGAUGAUGCCAGAGUUGUAUGUAGACAACUAGGAUUCUCUGGAAACGAAGCUAUGGCCUUAACUGGUCUUUAUACCGACUAUCAAAAAUUAUUCCAUAUUAUUGAUUUAAACUGUAAUGGUACUGAAAACAGUGUCUUUAAUUGUUCUCAUAAUACUAUUGAAGAAUACAGCUGCUUGGACUACGAAGAUACUUAUGUUCAAUGUUCAGUAUUUAAUGCUAGUGAUAAUUGCAGUAAUGGUGAUAUCAGAUUAACUGGUGGUCCAUCUCAGUAUGAAGGAAUUGUUGAAGUGUGUUAUGAAAGAGUUUGGGGAUCAAUAUGUCCUCCAGCUUGGAGUAGAGCUGAUGCUCAAGUUACAUGCAGACAGUUGGGAUAUACAACUAUUGGAGCAGCUACCUCAAAUAUUUAUGGCAAAAGUGCUGGCCCUAUACAUUUCUCUAAUUUUUAUUGUUCUAGCAGUGAAAAUUUUCUCUUAAACUGCUCACAUGGCACCUCUUCAUGUUAUAACUAUGACAAUCAUGCUGGAGUCAAAUGUGAAGCCCCUUGUGUUGAUGGUGACAUUAGACUGAAAGGAAAUGUAAAGUUUCAUAACUUUGGUCGAGUUGAAAUCUGUGUGAAUGGAACAUGGGGUACUGUCUGUGAUAAUGAAUGGGAUAAUACAGAUGCCAGAGUUGUAUGUGAACAGCUAGGAUACUCCCCUUAUGGAGCAUUAGCACGCCAUUCAUAUUUUUUUGAGAGGCAGCUUCCCCACAAACUUUUCAAUGUAAAUUGUACUGGAGAUGAAGAUGCACUGUUAGACUGUUCUUAUCAGACUAGUGGAUCAACAUGCUCACAAUCUGAUGAUUCUGGUGUCAUUUGUCAAGUAAGAGAUGUCACUCCCUCCAAUUGUACUGAUUAUGAUGUUCGUUUGGUUGAUGGCGAGUUUCAUAAUGAAGGAAAAGUAGAAAUUUGUCUGAAUGAUAUUUGGGGAACUUUUUGUAACAGUUUGGAUGCAAAUAUGAUCUGCCAGGAAGUUGGUUAUAGCAAUGGUGGAGAAGUGUACAAUGCUCAGAGCCCUAGUGCUGGUAUUGAUGAUGUAAUUCUUGUUGGAGGAAUGAGCUGUGCUCAAUCUGCUACCAGUAUUGAUCAAUGUAGCUUCUCACUUUACAAUAGUGCCUUUACAUGCGAUGUCAGAGACAUCAUUGCUAUUAGAUGUCACAAUUGUAGUAAUGGAAGUAUCAGAUUGAUUGAUUAUAAUGCAAGAGCAGAAAAAUUGGGGCGAGUUGAAGUGUGUGUUAAUGGUGAAUGGGGAGGUAUAUGCAGCCAAUUCUUUACAGACAUAGAUGCUAAAGUUGUUUGCAGACAUCUAGGCUAUAGUGAACUAGGCUCAGUCUCAUUGGGAAACCUUUACUCUGAUUUUGAUGUUCCAUUGCAUGUUAUGAACUUGAACUGCACUGGUAGUGAAGAGGUUAUUUGGGAUUGCCCCUCUAGUGUACAAGGACAAGAACUUUGUUCUAUUUGGAAAGAUGUUUCUGUGUAUUGUUAUGAUUAUGAUGCUGAAUAUUCUGAUUGCUUCAAUGGUCAAUUGCGUUUGUCAAAUGGCUCUGCUACAUUACAAGGGAGGCUUGAAAUGUGCUAUAGCAAUGCAUGGUUUGGACUAUAUGCUGGAGAUUUUCAUAAUUAUUUCAAAGGAGCCACAGCUUGUAAUGGACUGGGAUAUUCAAAUGGCAUGAAUAUAGGAUAUUCCAGCUCUUUUCUGGAUUUACCUUACAUUCCUCUGUUUCCUCUCCAGUAUAGUUGCAGUUCUGUUAGAAAUUCAUUUCUAGAUUGUUCCAGUAGCCCUUUGCUUUAUUAUAAUUCAUAUACCUAUCUAUUUUUUGGAGUCACUUGUCCAGAAAAAUGUACUACUGGAGAUGUCCAGUUGUCUGGUUCAGAUUAUGACAAUAUGGGUAGAGUAGAGGUGUGUAUCAAUGGUACCUGGGGAACUAUUUGUAGUUCUAGCUUUGAUUUCAAUGAUGCUAUUGUUGUAUGUUCUCAUUUAGGAUACCUAAGCUAUGGUGUUAUGAUAAUAUCAAGUACAAACAGAUAUGUUUCUUUUUAUUAUCCUGUAUUUAUUUAUGACCUAAACUGUACUGGAUCAGAGAAUAAUCUGUGGGACUGUCCAUACAAUGAUACUGUUCGCUAUUGUUCAACAUAUAGUGAUGCAGCAAUUAUAUGUCAACGUGACAAUUCAACAGUAAAUAAAUCUUGUGUAACAGGUGAAAUUCAAUUAGUUGGUGGUACCAAUGAAUAUGAGGGAAGAGUUGAGAUUUGCUAUAAUCAAAUGUGGGGAACUGUUUGUGAUAAUAGCUGGGAUACAGUUGAUAGUAAUGUUGUCUGCAGUCAGCUUGGUCAUCAACCAUUUGGGUCAAAUCCACUAUAUGGUAGUUAUUUUGGCGAUGGACACAGUCCUUUCAUGUUAUCUAAUGUUGCUUGUUCAAGUAACAUUGAGCAAGCUAAUGCUAGACUGAUAGAUUGUGGCUAUUCGGCACCUAAAGCUGUUUUAUCUUGUGGUGAUGGGGAAUCAGCAAGUGUUGUAUGCUUAGAGGCUUGUACUAAUGGUGAUGUUAAACUGAGUGGCUCAUCCUUUGAAAACUCUGGCCUUCUUGAAGUAUGUAUUGAAAGAUUAUGGACUACAGUUUGUGAUAAAACGUGGGAUUUCAAUGAUGCUGCUGUAGCUUGUAAGCAACUUGGCUUCUCGUCUUAUGGUGCUAUGCCACUAUAUAACUGCUACACUGAAGGGCAACUUUCAUUUGGAAUUACUAAUAUUAGCUGCAAUGGUUCUGAGGAACAAAUCUUUGGUUGUUCAUACAGUAAUUCAAUAACUAAUUGUAUGCAACACAAUGAUGCUGGAAUAAUGUGCCAAGAUGCUGGAGUUAAGUCCAAUUGCACCAGUGGUGACAUAAGACUGACUGCAUCUUAUGAAGGAAGAGUUGAAAUAUGUGUCAAUGAAGCAUGGGGUACAAUAUGUUCAGCUGGUUGGAGUAAUACUGAUGCAAAUGUUGUCUGUAAACAACUGGGAUACUUGCCAAUAGGUGGGAGAGCAAUAACAAAUGGACAGUAUGGUCCUGGAGUCGGUCCUAUACUUAUGGCUAAUAUUGAUUGUAUUGGUUCUGAGAAAACAUUACUAGACUGUAGUCAUAGAUCAUGUGAAGUCACUAGUUGCUCACAUUUUAAUGAUGCUGGAGUUUUUUGUGAACGUAACUGUACAAAUGGUAAUAUUAGAUUAGGUGACGGUGCUGAACUGAGAGGUAGAGUAGAAGUUUGCAUCAUGAAUGUGUGGUCAACAAUAUGUGCUAGCCAUUGGACUGUGAUAGAAGCCACUGUAAUUUGCUCUCAACUGGGAUACUCACCAUAUGGUGCUCAGGCAGUUACAGGUGUAUUUAUUGAUUAUGAAUGGUCAAUUGGUAUUUACGAGCUACACUGUAUUGGUAAUGAAAGUACAAUAUGGGAUUGUAUCUACCAGACUAGUAAUACUGGACAGCAAUGCUCCCAAAGCACUGAUGCAUCUGUGUUUUGUAUGCCCAAUAGUACUCAAUAUAUCAACUGCAGUGAUGGUGAUAUCAGACUUAUUGGAGGUGAUGUAAUGAAUGAAGGUAAUGUACAGAUCUGUUAUAACCAAGUUUGGGGAUCAGUUUGUGAUGACUAUUGGGGUUCAGAUGAUAGUGAUGUAGUGUGCUAUCAGUUAGGACUACAACCUUUUGGUUCCCAGGCAUAUGGCAAUAACUAUUUCCGUGUUGCAAACAAUCCUUGGUUUGUGUUGGGUAGAUUCUUUUGUUCAGGUUCUGAAGAAUCAUUGAUUGAAUGUCCUAGACAGUCAACUAGCUCAUUAUUGCAAUGCGAAAGCUAUGAGAUUGCUGGAGUUCAUUGUAUAGGUAGUUGUACCCAUGGUUCAAUUCGUUUAAGAGGAAGUACCAAUCCAUAUGCUGGUGAAGUUGAAGUAUGCAUUAGAGGGGUGUGGAGUAAUAUAUGUGGUGAAGAAUGGGACGUAAUUGAUGCUACUAUAGUAUGCAGGCAAUUAGGACUGCCAACACAUGGGUCAUUGGGUUUACAUGGUUCCCUUAUACCAAGUAUUUAUCCCAUGAGAUUAUAUGACACUCGAUGUAUUGGCAAUGAACAUAGUAUUCUGCUAUGUUCCAUUCAACAGACUGAAAGAGGACUGUCAUAUGAGCAAUGUCUAAGUAAUAAGGCUAUUGCAUUUUGUCAAUCUCCUGAUACCCCAUAUUCAGACUGCAUGACAGGUGAAGUGAGACUGAUUGGUGGUAUAAACCUUCUUGAAGGAAGAGUUGAAAUUUGCUUUAACAAUAUUUGGGGUACUAUUUGUGAUCAUGGUUGGACUUUUGAAGAUUCUAAUGUAGUUUGUCAUUCAUUAGGGCACCAAGCUUUUGGUUCUGUACCAAUGUUUUCUUCAAUCUUUGGUACUAGUGAUUUACCUAUAAUUUUGACUAAUUUGCAAUGUGGAGGCCAUGAAAAUAACUUGUUUCAGUGCCAAAGUAAUUUAGCAAAUCUUCUGCAGUGUACCCAUAAUAAACUUGCUGGAGUUAAAUGUGAAGCAUUGUGUACCAAUGGAAACAUUCGUAUUGUUGGUGAUACAAGCAAUCCACCUUCAUAUGGGCGAGUUGAUUUUUGUGUCAACCAGACAUGGGGUACUAUUUGUGAUUCAUCAUGGACUGAAAGUGAAGCUUCUGUUGUUUGUAGACAGAAGGGCUUUUCUCCAUAUGGGGCAAUUCCAGUUUCUAAUGGACCACAAAACACUUUAAUACCCACUAAUGUUGAUGUUGUUAAAUGCAGUGGUGAUGAAAAUAGUCUAAAUGAUUGUACUGUUACAUAUGGUGGACAAAUAUCAAUGUGUGUUGCAACUGCUGAUGCUGGUGUUAUUUGCCAAAACAAUGAUGUGCAUUUCAGUGACUGCAGUACAGGUGAUUUGAGAUUAGUUGGACCUAAGCCUCAUGAAGGUAGAGUUGAAGUGUGUAUUAACAAAAUUUGGGGAGCUGUUUGUGAUGAUUUUUGGAGUAUUACUGAUGCUAAUGUUGCAUGUGACCAACUAGGAUAUUAUCCAUCAGGUGCCAUGCCUCGUUAUGGAUCAUAUUAUACUGGUCAAGGCUCUUUGCCUAGUCUGAUAUCUGGUUUAAGGUGUACUGGUUCUGAAUCUAGGCUGUUAGAUUGCACUUAUGAUACAUCAUAUGCUGCUGUGAGACAUUGUGGCCAUUUUAAUCAAGCUGGAGUGAAAUGUCAUGGAUCAUUUCCAGUAUAUAUUGAUGACAAUGACAAACUACCACAUGGAGAUAUUUUUGGAGGGGAACUGGUGUGCAUAUCAGGGCCUUUUUUCAAUCAAGAUGAUGAUAUAAGUUGCAAAUUUGGUGAAAUUUAUACAACUUGUCAGUAUAUAAGUAGAGAAAAGUGUGUAUGUAUAGUGCCUGAACAACAUUUUGAUGGCAUUAUAAUUCUUGAGAUAAUUAUUAGAAGACCAGGAGAGCCUGUUAUGUAUGGAGCUACUAAUUAUCGAUACACUGUUCCAAAUAUAUGUCAGCACAUUAAUUUUGAUGUUGGAGAAAUUAUUAAUCUUAUUCAUAAUGUUGGAGAAGUAACCAAAUUUUCAUGGAACCCAAAAGAUUUAGAUCUAAGUAAAAGUGCAGUUGAUGAUGCAGUUGACAUUACAAUGCAAGCUUAUGAUCUCACAAGAAAUGUGUGGGAGAAUGACAUCGUCCUAAAAGAAGGAGUUCCCAAUAGUGGUGAAACUGACAUAACUAUACCUGAUUUAGUUAGAGCAGCUAAAAACGGGGUCAGCCUUAUUCGUAUCAAUGUGAAGUUAAAGUCUCUUGAUUUUAAAAGAGGUUCACUACUUCGUACGUUCAAAAGUUCUUUAAAAUUUGCAGUAAAACUAAAAAAAUCCAUUUAUCAAAGAGUAGCGUGUGAAGCAUGGCAUAAAUCAAUUCCAGGAGUAGAUGCAAAUGAUCUACCUCCUUGCCCUUGUAACUUGGAACAAAUGAAUGGUGAUCUUGAGAGAUACACAAAGGAAUCUGCAUUGCAAUUUUGUUUUAGCAAGUUAUUUUUUAAAAAGCCAAAAGCACACAGUUGUUAUCGCCAAUCAAAUGUUGGGAAAUUUAGCAGCAGUCAACAAUGUUGCUAUGAUGAACAAAGUAAUCUUAUAACAGGUAUUGGUGGAGGAGCACCAUACAGUGUUUAUCCUAACAACUGGGAAUCAUUUAUUGGCCAUGUGGUUUCGGAUAUUAUUCCUUUCUACACUGUAAAAACAAAAAGUUAAUUUUAAUAUGAGGAGUUAUUUUCACCAAAUUAAGUUAUUUUCACAUCUUAUAAAGUUGUAUUAACUAAUGUAAGUUUUAAAAUAACCACACCAUA